UCUGGUCGUCACCACCACCACCACCGCCGCCGCCGCCGCCUCCGCGCCGUCGCGGCCGCCAGUGGGAGGCGAUCGACGGGAACAGUCGCAGAGGGAAGGACUCGAAGGAAAGAGGGAUAGUGAAACCCUCGGUCCCCCGAGGGCUAGUCUCAAGCGCCUCGACGACGAGAGAGAGAGCGAGAAUCUCAGACAAGUGGAAAAGGAACAAUCGCAGAGGGAAGAACUAGAGCGAAAGACGGAUGGGGAGCUCGAGAUGGCAAUUACCAGGCAGAAACGCAGUGUCGAAACCCUAGGUCCCCGAUUGGCCGACGGCGGUGUGAAGCUGAGGGCUAAUCUCAAGCGUCUCGAAGAGGAGAGAGAGCGCCGGAAAGUCCGCCGGGUGGAAAAGGUUGAUGAUGGAUGUCAAAAGCACAUACAAUCCAAAAACUCAUCUUUUACCAGUGCAUCAGGCGGCUUUAGGCAAGAGGUUCCAUCACAGUCCUUAUUCAGCACACAUUUUUGCAGAAAGUUGGAAGAAAACCAAACAGAUAGUAGGACAGUUAAUGCAUUUGAAAAAGAACUAUCAUAUAUGGGUCGUUGUGACAGCCGGAAAAUGAGACUUAAUGGGAAGUCUUCACCAAGGGAAAGACGCAAGAGUGUAUUAUCUUCAAAGCAGUCAUCCUUUCAAUGCCCUACCAGCUUGUCUGUUGAUGCUGGUAAACAUGUAUUAUCAGAUGGUGAUCACAAUGGCGGACGUUCUACUCAUUCUGCUCAUCUUGUUGAGGAAAAGUUGUCUGGCUCUUUCUCUAUGAAGGAGAAGACUUCUAAAGUCAUGCCUUUGAAUGGUUUGAGGCCUAGGAAUGGACAACCAAUUGUUCUAGUGGAUGAGGAGGAACCUCAGUUCAUAGAGUCGAUGGAGCAAGCAGAUAAAACAGUUGAAUGCAUGAAAGAGAGUAAGAUCUACUAUCCUUCAAGUGAUGAUCCAGAAUCAAUAGAAAUUCAUUACUCAGACAUGGAAUGCCUUGCUCCAGAAGCCUUUCUGUCAUCAACUAUUAUGAAUUUUUACAUCCGACAUCUGCAGCGGCUAACUUCUCCAACAGAUAGUGCAAGAAGUGGUUAUCACUUUUUCAACACAUACUUCUACAGCAAACUCAAUGAGGCUGUAUUCAGGAAGAGUGACGGGGAAAGUUCAUUUGUCAAGUUCAGGAGGUGGUGGAAAGGCGUCAAUAUAUUUCAUAAAGCAUAUAUACUUCUUCCAAUACAUGAAAACCUUCAUUGGAGUUUGGUUAUUAUUUGCAUCCCAGACAAGGAAGAUGAAUCAGGACCCGUCAUACUUCAUUUGGAUUCUCUUGGACUUCACUUUAGUAAAUCAAUAUUUGAUAACAUUAAAAGCUUUUUGAUAGAAGAGUGGAAGUAUCUGAACCAAGGAGAGGCUCCUCCAGAUCUUCCUAUUGCAUACAGAAUAUGGGAAAAUCUCCCUCGCAGAAUCGAGGAAAAAAGAAUUGCGGUUCCGCAACAGAGAAAUGACUAUGACUGUGGUCCGUUUGUUCUUUUCUUUAUGGAACGUUUCAUUGACGAGGCUCCUCAAAGACUGAAAAAGCAAGAUUUAGCAAUGUUUGGUAAGAAUUGGUUCCAACCUCAAGAAGCAUCCAAAUUGAGACGGAAAAUCAGGAAAUUAAUCGUGGAAGAAUUCUUGAAUGCGACCGAGGAUAAUUGUGUUUUGGAUCACGAGCCUUUGCCUUUUGUGCAUCGUCCUGAUGGAGAAAGGAUUGAGCUCUCUAUAGAUUGUUAAUGUAGGCUCGUCUCAUUGCUGUCACAGGCUCUCCAAAAUUUGGUAUUUGGUAAUCCAUUUUCUGUAAACUCUUACAGUUUCUGUGAACUAGCUCUGCAAGAUGAAUUAGCUCUGCAAGAUGCUGAUUUUUCUGGUUUGUGAAACACAGUUUAGAUGUCAUGUCAAUAGUUAGUGAUCAUUCUCUGAUGAGGUUUAGAAGCACGUUAAAAAUGAUUCAUCAGUUGUAUUAGAGGCAAACGAACGGUUGCCGAUCUCAGGUGAUAAUUUUUUAGUCAAAAGUCUACCAUUUUUGUUUCUUA